AUGAGACCCCCGCCUCCGCCGUCAUCACCGCCGCCCGCCGACGAUGAUAGCGUAGAAGACGCGCCCUCGCCGCCCUCACAGUUGACCGACGCCCGUCUCGCCGAGCAUCUUCUCAGUCCGGACCUUGCCCGCAUACCACCUCCCCGAACGCCUGCAACACGAGACACUAGCUCAGACUACUACACUGCCGCUUGGGGCUCCCCGUACGAGCUUUCUCCGUCCUUGCGCUCCGCGCACACCGCACCAUCUGAGCAGCCACCCAGCGAAGACUUGCUCGGGUCAUCGCCCGGUCCAGACUUCGGCCUCGGCCAUCUCAUCCCAAGUCGAUUGGGCGAUCUCAACUCUUCUCCAUCUCGCAGGGCCGCCGUACCCGAGAGAGAGACAGUAGCAGGCGCUGAGGAGGAUUCGGACGUUACCCCAAGGUCCCGCACCAAGCGCUGGGUACAGCUGCCGCGCAGGGAGGAGGAGUCGGAGAAGGCACAGUGGUGGAGUGACGAGUCGCGUCAAACCUCGCCGGAUCAUCGUCCCAGACGCGGUCGCAGGCAGUCUUUCACGAACACUCAGAGCAAGGAUUACGCACUUGGACACCCGACGCGCGAGAGCAAUCGCACGCUAGACCAGCAGACGUUCUGGAAGAGCUUACGUGAGAAGAGGCCGCCAAACAUGUCCAGCCUGUACUCUUCCAGGUGGGCAGCCACUCCUCCAGCAGAAGACGAUUCUGCUCCCGUUCAGGAGAAGCCAGCACCAGGCUUGGCGUCGUCACGAUGGGCCGACACGCCUCCAUUGCCGGAUACGGAGGAGGAGAAAUAUGUUGCGGGCAUGAGUGCGUCUUCAUGGGCUGAUUCGCGUUCACCGCAAGAUGCUGGAGAGGUCAGACAGCGUGGAAGCGGCGUGGAUGACGGAGGCAAGGCAAUUUAUUCCGAAACUGAGCCAACCGAGGAUGCGGACGGAGUACAGCCGGUGGGCAGUCUUUCACAAAGUGCGAGCGUAGUUGGGGCGGGCUUGAAGGAGCCACAGACGGACGUUGCGGCGUCCACGGAUGAAGAAGCUGUUCUCGGAGCACAAGCCAGUCGGCCAGAGGAUACGGCAGCCGCCCCUACUGUUGUUAGGAAGUCUACGCCUGGGGUCAGCGCUGAAGAAAAGACGAAAAGCGACCCAUCUGCUGGACAAGCCGCGAGCAUCGUAUCUAGCCCGAUGAAACCACGCUCGAAAAAGAAGGUCAACUGGAAAGGCAAGAUGUGCACAAUACUCAUACCAAACCUGGACUACGCCGCAUUCGGGAGCCAUCCUAUGAGCGUGGAAGAAGCGAAGGCGCGAUUCAGGAAUCUGGAGGACCAAGGAUACGACCUACGAGGCUACGACAGCGGUUCAGACUUUGAUGCGAGCGAUGCUCCAGUCCACGUCAAGCCCAUUUUCCCAGACGAGACAGAGAUUCGUGUCAAUGCUCGUUCGGAAGGAGCCAAGGUGCAAUUGCCAGAUCUCAACAGAUGGAAGGCGUACAUGGAUCACCUCAGAGAGCAGAAACUGGCUGCGCUUGGUGUGAGUCUAGGCGGUGACGAACCAACCUCAGCUGGUGCGCCAGACAUGUCAAGGCAGUCUUCGGCUCAGUAUCCGCCACUUCCGUUCUCGCCACCCAUUCCAUCCGGCUCUGUGAACAGCAUGGGCAGGCCCGGGAUGGUUCGUGGACAUUCGCACACCAUGUCCGUGGCCUCGCCCAUCUCACCAAUGAACGGUCCAAAGGGUCACCACAUGCGCACACAAUCGACAUUCGCAGGUCCGUUCGGCUUCCAAUACCAGCCAGACCUGAGUGGCCUACGCACGUUCUCUCCGUCGAAUCAGCAGCCAGGUCAGCAGCCAACACUAGCUGGGUUGCGCUCAUUCUCGCCUCAAUCGCAGCAGCUCGGUCAACAGAACGGCUUCCCAGGUCUGCAGUCUUUCUCUCCUCAAGACCAGUACGCUAUUCCGGGUUUCAACAGGGUGGGCUCGCCUGCCCAACUCGGCGCUUUGCGGAACGCUAUGAGUGGCGUACAUGGGCCUGGCUCGCCAUUUAGCCAGCAACUACCAGCACCGUCUCCUCAAAGCUACAGUCGGAGCAAUGGCCAACCUGUGCCCGGUUCAUUCUUCCCACAGAUGCAUAACUCGCAGCUCACUCCUGCGCUGCCGGAAUUGCCAGAAGAGGACAGCGAGGAGGAAUUACGUGAACUGGAGCAACGUCAAGCUGAGGAGUCAGACUCGCAGAAGCCUGCUUACGUACCUCCACACAAGCGAGCGCAAUUGAACGCGGAUAUCGCCGUCCCGACACCGAGAAGCCAUCGCCACAAUAUUAGUGAGGGCUUGGAACGAGAUGUUCAGGACACCGAGAACCGCCAGCAGGCAUCCUGGCAGCAGAAUGGAGCAAGCGACGAACCGCCUACUGUAGAGGAGCGCAUGUCCAGAGCCAUGUCUGUUCUCAAUGCCGUCAAAUCGCCAUCCGAUGAGAAGGACCCGCUGUCUCAAGGCAUCCCCGUGCAGGAGUCUCCCAACAAUCACAAGCGGGACGGGUCAAGAGCGAAAGGUCCGGCACCCACGUCUUCCACUUUCAAGUUCAAUCCUGGCGCUACUUUCGAGCCAGGGUCAUCGUCCUUUACGUUCGGUGCUCCUGCCCCAAAACCUGCUGCCCUUCCUGCCUCCGGCCACAAUCGUAACCAGUCCUCGAGCAAUUUCAAUGUCGCAGCUCCCGAGUUCAAGCCUUCUGGCACGGCGUCUAUGCCAAAGUCCGACUUCAACUUCUCGAGCGGCGGCCCGGUCUUCAAGCCCGGUGCACCUACAUUUGAGCCCGUCAAGAAAGCGCCAGAAGAUAAUGAGGCGCUUCCUUCUAUCUUUGGCAAAGUCGACAUUCCUGCGGAGAUCGUCAAGCCAGCUCGAAGAUCAAAGGCGGUUGCCAUUGUUCGACCAGAUGAAGCUGCUCGCCAAUCGGGCUCGGGAACAGACCUCGAGGAUGAGGACGGCCGCAUUGUGCAAAGCGACGACCGUCUCAAGCGGCAACGCAAGGUUGGUGGUGAUGAUGACGAGGUCCCCAGGUUUGCUGAGGUUACGCCAAUGCCCGCUCCGUCUGAUUUUAUUGUCAAGUCACAGUCCGCGGAGCCAGAGACCCAGCGUACGCCUCCCGUCGCCGAUGACAAGGGGAAUGAGACCACACCAGCUCCACAGCCAGCAGCUUACAGAAUCGCGGAUGUUGUUGAUGUCUUCACACCGCCAGACUCGUCUAAGUCUGUCGAGCCCGACUUUCCAAGCGCGGCUCACGGUCACAAGCAUUCGACUUCGUUGUCCGCGCUGGCGAAACCAUUCGAGCCCUUCGGGUCUGCUGGUGCCGAGAAACUGGCUGCCCACGAGCCUAGGGAAAGCAUUGCUUCCAUCAGCGAGUUGGAAGAGGGCGAGAUCAGAGAAGAUGCUGAGCCCCAGAGCUCGCAUUCUGAAGCCGACCAGGAAGAACGCUCAAUUUCUCCACUGCCUGAGAGCCCUAUCUAUGACCAGCCUGCUAGCGCGCGCCUUGAUACCGUUGCAGAUACUGAGCCUUCUUUUGCUGAGAUUGACGCGGUCAUGCGGCGUCUCAACGAGGUGGACGAGUCUCGUGAUGUACCAGAAUUGCACAACGUCCCUGCGACCUCUAGCCCAGCCGAACGAUCCAUUCCAGACGCCCCAUACCUACCGGCGUGGCAACGAAGCGAUGCGCCAAGUCCAAGCCCGAAACGCCGACAACUCCCGUUCAACGUUCAAGACUCCUCGUUCACCAUUCACAACCGUACGGACAGUGCUGAGAUACCUAUCAACGGUUGGGCAGACCUCAGGCGGUUGAACAAGGAUGAUGACGUACCCAACAGUGACUGGUCAGGCGUCUUCUCCGCGCAGGAUGAGGAGAAGCUGCACGACCGUGGCCAGUUCUUCGACUCGCACAUUGACCGUCUCAUCGGCAGUGCCGUGGACAGACGCCUGCAACCGCUGGAAGAGAGCCUUCAGGCAAUCUUGCAGAACGUGAGCAAGCGGCCUAUCUCCCGUGACCUCGUCACCAAGCGGAGCUCGUCUGCCAUCGAGAGUGACGCCGACGAUGAGGACGAGUCUGAUCAACAGCGCCAGCGGCCAAUCUCUCGUGGCAGGGACAAGCGCAUCGAUCAGAUCAAGGCCGCUGUUGUCGAGGCUAUGCGUGAGCAGAGUCCCGUAGGACAUUUGCGGGCAGGGCAGGACAUUCAAGAACUUCAUGCUGUGUUGGCGGACAUGAAGAUGUCCUUUGCACGCGCUGCUUCGGCUGGUCUUGAGCUGGACGACAUUCGUGCGGUUGUGGAAGAGGCUCUGGGCAAGCAAAGCCAAGCUUUGGUGCCUGCGAACGACGACGGGAAAGAGAGCGGCCACAAACGUGAAGUGUCCGAACUUGAAGGUCGUUUGAACGAGACACUGGCGGGUGCGCUUGAAGAAGCCAACCGGCGGCGCGCUGUCGAAGAGAGGGAAGUCGAGACCAAGCGGAUGUUGCGCUCGGCGGAGGAAGAGCUACAGCUGUUGCGAGAGUCUGCUCAGGACAACGACUCCAGGUUACAUGCCGCUGAACGAGAACGCGAGGAAUUGCUUCGACGAGUCCAUGAGGCUGAAGAUGCGCAGCGCGAUGCAGAAGAGAGAGUCACAGAUCUUGAGGCAGAGCACGAAGCUGCUCAGGGUACGUUGGAGGAGUACAGGAUGUCGAGCAGCAGGUGGCGGCAGGAUAUCGACGAAGCCACUCGUGACCGGGAGGACCUAGAGACUACCAUUGCCACUCUUGAGCGCGAGCUAGAGGAAAGCCAGGAGAUGAGUGGCAACAUGCGCAGGCGUUUGGAGAAGCUUCAUUCCGACAUGGCCAAUGCUGCUGGCCAACUGGCAAGCGAGAAGGCCACUCGACAAGCCAAAGAGGACGAAUACCGCAUUCGGUGCGAGCAGUUGGAAGCACAGCAGUCGUUGCAUGUCAAGGACCACGCUGGUGUGGAGGAAGAGCUCAACGUUCUCCGAGCCUCUGCGUCCGAAGCAGCCGAAGCGAAAGUGGCCCUGGAGCAAAUGAGGGUGUCAAACGGCACCUUGGAGGACACAGUUCGCAAGCUUCAGCUGGACCUAGAAGAGCAACGGUCUCUGACGACACGCUUCGAGCGUGAGUUCAAUGAUGCGAGGGAGGCUGGCCGCUCAGAAGUCGAACGGACGCGCUUGUCGAUGGAGACGGACAUUGAGACCGCUAACCACCAGGUCAAUGUUGUGCGUGCCGAGUUUGAAGGCGAACUGGCCAAGGUCCGGGCUGAGCUCGAGAGUACCAAGAUGGAAGCAGAGGAUACCAAAGCCCGUCAUGCACGCAUGCUUGAAGAGGAAGAGUCGGCUAAGCGUGAGGCUCUCCGCAAGGUCAACCAUGCGAACAGCGUGGCAUUGGAUGAGACCCGCCAGAAAUACGAGGCAGCGAUCCACGACCUGAAGUCUGCUCAUACGCGCGCCAUCGACAACGCCGUAGAAGACAAGCAGCGUUCCGAGUACUUUUUGAACGAGCGCCUGUCGCUUUCGGACGCUAAGCUUCAGCACUUCCAGGACCGGGUGCUGCACCUCGAAGAAAGGCUGCAAGUUGCCAAGUCUGCUGCUCAGGCCGCUGUGAUGAGUGCACAUUCUAAGCCGAUGCCCACUACUUCCACGAGCUCGAUACCUGAGAAGAUCUCACCACAAGCAUUGCGGGAAUCGAUACUGGUCCUGCAGGAUCAGCUACAGGAGCGCGAAUCCACUAUUGAAAAACUCAGGAACCAAGUCGAUGAGCAAGGUCCGGCUGAAUUGAAGAAGCGCGACGAUGAGAUCGCUUGGCUUCGAGAGCUACUCACCGUACGCAGUGAGGAGUUGACAGACCUUGUCAACACACUUGCUCAGCCGACCUUUGAUCGUACUGCUGUUCGUGAUACAGCCAUCCGCAUCCGCGCCAAUCUGCAGAUGGAGCAGCAGGAGAAGGACCGCAUCGCACAGAAUUCGUCUCUUCCAGGCCAGGCCAUCGCAAGUCUAUCGAACUUCGCCACCCCAAAACUGGGUGCCGCCUUCAGCAAAUGGCGAAGCACGAUGGAGAGUUCUGCUCUUCGCAAUGCACCCAAGGCCAACCAACGACCACGGUCUUCGACGCCAUCAAGGCCUCCUGCCGCAUCCACGAAGAUGCCGCCGGAAUUUUCAGCCGGUCUGAUGACGCCGCCCGCCAGCAAUCUGAGGAGCACUCCGAGCCCGGAAGUCACCAGGUCAAUGCCGCCACCUCGCUUGCAUUCGAGUGCUGGAGAACAGCCGCAGGAGACCAAGGACACGAAGCGGCCGAGCUUGUCGCACAGCAGGGAGCCAUCGGGGAUGUCCGACGGUCCGACUACACCACUGUUCCGAUCGCAGAGCUACGACAAGGAUGCAGAGGACCACAGCGUCAAUAUGCAGAGCUUUGAAGAUGAAGACCUUGAUGUCGCCGACAACCGCCCACCGGCUUUCCGCAGUCUUGAGGCUGAGCUGGACAGCGCGGAUGAAGAAGGCGCCAUGGCUUGA